AAAUUCAGCCGAAAGGAACACAAGUUCUAGUAAACAUCGAGAAAUAAUUACAUUAUGUCGAUGUUGUAAUGUUUUAUUUAACAAUGCAAAUACAACAUAACGCGUGUACGUUAUAUUGUCGAAAAAGUGAGAAAUUAUAAUAUUGAUGUACUGUUACUGUCACCUGAUAUUUAUUGGACUCUUAUCAAAUUUGAAAUGCGAGUAGUGGGGAAGCAUGGUUUGCGUGUUACCAAUCGCGUAAGACCACGAUCGCAAUGGCGGUGUGGCUGAACGGUUUUGUGUUAUCGGCUGGAUAGGUGUUGGUUUUUCUCGGUACGAUCGAGUCGAUUUUCUUAUUUACAACGUUGCUCGCUGCACACGGUGGAUCGAUUUCUUUUCAGUCAUGUACGUUCUCCUGUUAGCUGCUGUGUUACAUUUCGCUUUAGACGUAGUAGGAAGUGUUUCUCAAUUGGAGAUCAAUAAGCAUUUAGAGCUUGGCAGAGAGUUCCUGGCAAAGGGCCAGUUGCAAGAUGCAUUGUCGCAUUAUCAUGCAGCUGUCGAUGGCGAUCCAAAUAAUUACUUGACACAUUAUAAGAGAGGGACGGUUUACUUAGCUUUAGGUAAAGCCAAAUUUGCUCUCCAUGACCUUGAUAAGGUUCUGGAAUUGAAUGCAGGCUUCAUACCUGCAAGAUUGCAACGUGGUAAUAUUUUACUUAAACAAGCAAACUUUGAUGAGGCUGAAGCUAACUUUAUGGAUGUGCUAUCUGUAGAACCAAAUAAUAGAGAUGCCUUGAAUGCCUUAGAUAAAUUAUACCCAGCUAAAGAAGAUAUGAAAUAUAUCGACAUGUUGGUGCACAAUAACGAUCAUACAGCAGCUGUGCACCAAAUUACACGACUCAUAGAAAUAUGUCCAUGGUCAUCUCACCUUAGAGAACGUAGGGCUGAGAUUUAUUUACUUCUUGGAGAUUAUAUGAGUGCUAUAUCCGACAUACGCUCUACUACAAAACUGUUAUCUGACAAUACAGAAGGAUUUUUCAAACUCUCAAUGUGGCUCUAUCGCCUUGGGCAGGUUGAAGAAGCUUUGAAAGAGAUUCGAGAAUGUUUGAAGCUUGAUCCAGAUCAUAAAGAAUGCUUCCCAUUCUACAAGAAGAUUCGAAAGAUCAGCAAAUUGCUGCAAGAUGCAGAAAAAGCAUCAGAAGAUACGAAGGACUACGAGACAUGUGUCGAGUCGGCUCGUCGUGUGUUAAUACAAGAACCAGAUGAACAAAAUGUGCGGUUUACAGCUUUUCAUCUUCUCUGCAAAUGUUACAUCGGCAUUUCCGAAACGACAGAUGCGAUUAACAAUUGUCAGCAAGCAUUAAAAAUCAGGAAGGAGCCAGGUGUCAUUUGUGACAGCGCAGAGGCGUAUCUCGCUGGAGAGAUGUUCGAUGAUGCCAUCAGAGAGUUCAAGGAGGCAUUGGAGAUAGACCCGAACUUCCAACGGGCGAAGCAAGGACUGCAAAAAGCGCAACAACGUCAAAAGAUGUCAGAAUCACGAGACUACUACAAGAUCUUGGGUGUGCCGAGAACUGCGAAGAAGAAGGAUAUCAUAAAGGCGUAUAGGAAAGCGGCGCAGAAGUGGCAUCCCGACAAUUUCCAGGAAGGUGACGAGAAGAAACGCGCCCAGAAAAAGUUCAUUGACAUCGCCGCUGCCAAAGAAGUCCUCACGGACGACGAAAAGAGGGCGAAAUUCGAUCAGGGCGAGGAUCCGUUGGAUCCGGAGUCGGGCCGACAUCAGCAAGGCUUUAAUCCCUUCCAAGAGUUUCACCACUUCCACGGCUCUCCCUUCCAGUUUAAAUUCCACUUCAAUUAGAUACGCGUCGCGCGCGGUCCUCGUCGUUGUAAUAGAGCAAUUACUAUUCGCGGAGUUUAUCCUCGUCACAUCGGACGUCACCAUCGCUUCACGUCAUCUUCUCGCUGUCCUAGCCUGAAUUUCACGUCACUACCUCGUGGGUGUAAGUCGUGUGUGUUUAAUUCGUUUAAACGGAUUCGGGGGGGGGCACCGUGAAUGUGUGACACUUCGGUGAAUUAGUAUGCACGAACUAUCUCGGCCAGACCAUCUCGUGAUAUAUCCGGACGAUCUCGUUUGACGUUUGCAACGUCAACACGUUAACGCGCUUUUCGGUACGGUAACAUAACGAAGCGAAUUUCUGACGCGAUCGACGUUUGCUUCACAAGCGUACUUCUUAAUGGCCGAGAGAAUGUAAACGCGUUACCUAAUUCAACCGUAAGAGGAGGGAAGAGGGCGACUAUGAAAUUAUAUACACGUAAAAACAUAUAAAAUAGUGAGAUGACUAUCAAAUGAAAUCAUGAACUUUUUUUAGAGAGAAUUUAGGAUCCUUUAUAAGGUAUUUUCGAGACGUCACGUACGUAACGCUGCCACAGCAAGCGCUUUUCCAAAAUGGCGUAUUUAUACGCCUUCCGUACCGAAAAGAUUAAUAAGACGCAAGGUAGAACUUUAAUCGUCCGGUAGUUUCUUUACUGCAAGAAUCACGAUAUAGUUAUCUCUCUAGAGUACAUGCAUACAGACUGAACGAUGAAGAUGAUCUACUUGGAUUCGCGUAAGCGUCGUUUGUUACGUACAAACUAUGUGCAGUUUUUACCGUCGCACUAUCGAUCUAUACACGCUAGUGGUACAUACACGCGCAACUGUGUGUGAUCGUCAUACUAGGUUUGUAAAGGAAGAAUGUACAGUUGAUCAUUACACUGCCACUGAUUUGCUUCAGCGGCUUCUCAUUCGUUUUAGCUUCGAAAAAGAAAGAAGAAACAGAGAGAAGGAAGAACGUGCGACUAUUAGAUAGAAAUAAACGUGAAAGCCAUUUCUCGUCGAUGACGCGCUUACCGAGUACGAAUACGAUACAUUCACUAAGUAUUUAUAUCUCGUUAAUAUUAAUCCGCGCGGUAUCCGUACUCGGUAAUGUUCAUAUAAUGUUCACAUAGAACAAUGCUGUGCGCUUGUCGUGUUUGCAUGAGUGAGUCGGAACUUCAUGUGUAAAUACUGUAUCUCUGAUAUUUGUUUAAAAAUAUAUAUAUAUUUGAAUAA